AUGUUUAUUCGAAACAAUACUAAAAAAACAUUCCAAAAUCAUCAUUUUCGCGCGAUGUCCGAUAAAAUCAAAUUUGACACUCAAAAGUUUGCUGAUAAUACCGGUGAAUAUAAGAGAAAAGUGAGUCUGUUUAGAGAUGUGAUACAGAAAGGCGGGAAGUUCGAACCUGAGGCUGGUCGUUAUCAUUUAUACGUCUCCUAUGCUUGUCCUUGGGCCCAUAGAACUUUGAUCUCUAGAAAGCUUAAAGGAUUGGACAAAUUGAUUGAUAUUUCUGUUGUUCAUUGGCAUAUGGACUCUAAAGGCUGGCGCUUCAAGACUCCUGACGAGUCAUGCCCAGGAGCCAACGAGGAACCAAAUUACGGGUUUAAGAGAUUAUCUGACUUGUACUUCAAAGCCGAUGAAAACUAUGGUGGGAGAUUCACAGUGCCAACUUUGUGGGAUAAGAAAAACCAAACGAUUGUCAACAAUGAAAGUAGUGAAAUCAUUAGAUUCUUCAAUUCUGCAUUUAAUGACUCCGACGUGUUGACCAAGGAAGAAAAGGCCAUUGACCUUUAUCCUGUUCCACUUCGUAAGGAGAUCGACGAGCUCAACAACUGGAUUUAUGAUACAAUUAACAAUGGGGUGUACAAGGCAGGGUUUGCCACAAAACAAGAAGUGUACGAAAGCCACGUCAAGACAUUAUUUGAACAUUUGGAAAAAGUUGAAGCGAUUUUGAAAAACAAGUAUAAUGCUGCCAAUGAUCCUAACAAAGAUGGUUUCUAUUUGGUGGGUGAUGAAUUAACCGAGGCUGAUGUCAGAUUAUAUACCACUCUUGUCAGAUUUGAUCCUGUUUAUGUCCAACAUUUCAAGUGCAAUAUCAAGGAUAUCAGACAUGGUUUCCCAUAUUUGCACAAAUAUGUUCGUUAUUUGUAUUGGAAUAUCCCAGCCUUCCAUGAAACAACCAAUUUUGAUCACAUCAAGAAGCAUUAUACCAAAUCUCAUCCUCAAAUCAAUCCUCAUGGCAUCACCCCUGUUGGUCCGGUUCCUGAUAUUCUUCCUUUGGAUUGA